UUCUCCUCUGGCUGGGCUCGCUUUAGUAAUCAGACCCCUAUGAGUCACGCUGAACACGCAAACCCCCUCCUGCCUGAGUGACAACCGGCCGGCGCACUCUCGGCUGUUGUUGUCCCUUUAAAAUCGGAAUCUAAGGGGUAAUGAUUUAUCAAACUCUUAUUAUCAAGAAAAUGUCAAACGAAGGGCACCUUGCUAUGGACUGACGCAAACCCAAUCUUUCCCAGGGAGAUAUAGAAAGCUUUGCUCUGGACUGAGCAAAAUCCAUUCCAUUAGAUAGCUUGUUCUGCAGGACCUUGUCUUCUACCAAUUCAAUCUGUUGCUUAUUUAAGACAACAAUGGAUUACUCGGGUGCGAAGGAUAUGAACAAGCCACUGGCAAAUAGCUUGGAGGCUUCGGGAAACCCAGAAGGCUCCUCGGGGACAAGGACCAGUCCCGAGCCCGAUCCUUCCCCUGCCGCCCCUUCCCAACCGCCUAGGAUUGCCAAGUCGGCCUCCAACGGGAUUCAAACUUUCCUUUCGGAAGAAGCCAAAAGCUACGAGUCAGAGCGGACCAAAGUUGGGAUCUGCAGCGCUAAGGCGCCCCUCGAUGCUACCUCACGCCAGGAUUCUAUCGAGGCCCAUGCCUUGCAGACCGUCUCCCCUUCGGGGGGCCCGGGCCCAGGCAAUGCUCAGCACUGCAGGAUUCCGGCCCUCCGAGGCGCCAGCAUUGGAGGGGAUGAAAGAGGGAGCCCGGGCAAGGGCACUUUGGAGAAGAACAGUGCCCAGGCUGCAGGUUGGAUAAACAUGAGCCAGAGCACGGUGGUGCUGGGCACAGACGGGAUCACCUCGGUCCUGCCAGGCAGUGUGACGACUACUUCUACACCCGCGGAGGACGAUGAAGGGGAUGAAAAUAAAGCCCGAGGGAACUGGUCUAGCAAACUAGACUUCAUCCUGUCCAUGGUUGGGUACGCAGUGGGGCUGGGCAAUGUCUGGAGGUUUCCGUACCUGGCCUUUCAGAAUGGGGGAGGUGCUUUUCUCAUCCCCUAUCUGAUGAUGCUGGCUCUGGCUGGUCUGCCCAUCUUUUUUCUGGAAGUAUCAUUGGGGCAGUUUGCUAGCCAGGGUCCUGUGUCCGUUUGGAAAGCGAUACCUGCUUUACAAGGCUGCGGCAUCGCUAUGUUGAUCAUCUCAGUCCUAAUAGCCAUAUACUAUAAUGUGAUUAUUUGCUACACACUUUUCUACCUGUUUGCCUCCUUUGUGUCUGUGCUACCUUGGGCCUCUUGCAACAACCCGUGGAACACACCAGACUGCAAAGACAAAACCAAACUUUUAUUAGAUUCCUGUUUUGUUGGUGAUCAUCCAAAAAUACAAAUUAAGAACUCAACUUUCUGUAUGACUGCCUAUCCGAACUUGACAAUGGUUAACUUCACCAGCCAAACCAACAAGACAUUCGUCAGUGGGAGUGAAGAGUAUUUCAAGUAUUUUGUCUUGAAGAUUUCUGCAGGGAUUGAAUAUCCUGGUGAGAUCAGGUGGCCACUGGUUGUCUGUCUCUUCCUGGCUUGGGUGAUUGUAUAUGCAUCCCUUGCUAAAGGCAUCAAGACUUCAGGCAAAGUGGUGUACUUUACCGCUACGUUCCCUUAUGUUGUGCUUGUGAUCCUACUCAUCCGAGGAGUUACCUUGCCAGGAGCUGGAGCAGGAAUUUGGUACUUCAUUACACCUAAGUGGGAAAAACUCACUGAUGCUACAGUAUGGAAAGAUGCUGCAACUCAGAUUUUCUUCUCUCUGUCUGCUGCAUGGGGAGGUCUGAUUACUCUUUCCUCUUACAACAAAUUCCACAACAAUUGUUACAGAGACACACUGAUUGUCACCUGUACCAACAGCGCAACAAGCAUCUUUGCCGGCUUUGUCAUCUUCUCUGUCAUUGGUUUCAUGGCAAAUGAGCGCAAAGUAAACAUUGAGAAUGUGGCUGACCAAGGGCCAGGUAUUGCCUUUGUGGUUUAUCCUGAAGCCUUAACCAGGCUUCCUCUCUCUCCCUUUUGGGCUAUAAUCUUCUUCCUGAUGCUCCUGACUCUUGGACUGGACACCAUGUUUGCCACCAUUGAGACCAUAGUGACCUCCAUCUCAGAUGAGUUUCCAAAAUAUUUGCGCACACACAAGCCUGUCUUUACUCUGGGAUGCUGUGUUUGUUUCUUCAUCAUGGGUUUUCCUAUGAUCACUCAGGGUGGAAUUUACAUGUUUCAACUUGUGGACACAUAUGCAGCAUCAUAUGCACUGGUCAUCAUUGCAAUCUUUGAGCUUGUUGGGAUUUCCUACAUAUAUGGUCUGCAAAGAUUUUGUGAAGAUAUAGAGAUGAUGAUUGGAUUCCAGCCAAACAUUUUCUGGAAAGUCUGCUGGGCGUUUGUAACACCUACUAUUCUUACAUUUAUUCUUUGCUUCAGUUUUUAUCAGUGGGAACCCAUGACUUAUGGCUCUUAUCGCUACCCCAACUGGUCGAUGGUGCUUGGAUGGUUGAUGCUGGCCUGUUCAGUUAUUUGGAUCCCUAUUAUGUUUGUGAUAAAAAUGCAUCUAGCUCCAGGCAAAUUUAUUGAGAGGCUCAAGUUGGUCUGUUCCCCACAGCCAGACUGGGGCCCAUUUUUGGCUCGGCACCGUGGAGAGCGUUACAAGAACAUGAUCGACCCAUUGGGAACAUCCUCUCUGGGACUGAAAUUACCUGUGAAAGAUUUAGAACUGGGGACCCAGUGCUAGUUUCAAGACAGCAACAGCCCAGCCUUGAUUUGACAAUAUUUUUUCUUGUUUCCUCUCCUCUGUUCUUAUUUUGCUUCCCAUUUGCCACAUCUCCCUUCACUUCUGUGCAUGAGAGUGGUUGCUUAGAAAAGUAGGACUUUUUAUCGCAUGCUGUAGUGAAGAGCUAGACAGACCACUUGAAGCAGUGUUGGCUUUGAGUUAGUGGUGUCCCAUAUGUUGGGUUUUCCCCUUGUGUUGCAUGCUGUUGUUCACCUUUUGGGAGUGGAUUGGAGAAGUUGUUUCCACCGGUCAUUUGGACCACAAGGAGGAAUGCAGCAUGUUUCCAUUUGGUGGCUGGAGGGGAUUGGAAGCAGGGAUAACGUGGUGUGAUCUCAGCAGCCAUAAGGCACCAAUAAUUUGGAAGGCAUUGACAUGGAGAAUCAAAUGAAUAAUUUCAGUGAGUUCUUCCAGAGAAUUAAAGUACAGGACAAAAAUGUUUGGAAGGAAUUGAAAUGGCAAUGAUCAGAAAGCAUAUUUGGCAUAAGUCCAGGUGGAUACAUCUGGACACCACUGAAUUGGUUAUUUUCAUGAGUUUCCAUGAAUGAUUUGAGUUCUUUCAUUUGGAGCAAAGGUCUCAUAGCUGAAAUCUCUAAUUUUUCAUUCUUUGCUAGAACUCUCAAAAUCAUUUCUGUUCCUUUCAUUUAAUUCUUUCUUUUUGAAGCCCCAUCUGUGGGUUUUUAGGUCUUUUUUUGUCUUUCUGCACUCUCUUCUCAAGAAGCCAUCGUAUAAUUUGUGCCUGAUUUUGUAUUCUCAUGGUAGUUCUACGUUCUAGUUUCAACAUGACAUUUAGCUGUGUGGUUCAAUGUAGUAUUCUCAUUUUCUUCUCUUCUAAAUGCUUUUCUAUAAGCUGUAGAAAUAUUGUUCUCUUUCGACCUCUGGGAAAACAAGACUUACCCCAACUCUAUAUAUUUUAUAUAUAUAUAUACACA